CGCUCGUUUGCACGAUCUGACAUUUUUAUUCAUAAAUAGCCUCCAUUCACAUCUCUCUGACGUUCAUCAAGCCUCUGACGAAACCUGCUCUUAUAAGAUUCACUGUAACUUUGGCUCACUCUGAAAUGUGUUGUUCCGCUCCUCUCCUGAGGCUCUUUGUAGUGUUGGUGCCAGUUCUGCGUCCGGCUGAUUUACCAAGGUCUCAAUGAAUUUCGGAUCCUUAGAGAUACAACGACUUUAGCAGAGAGAAGAUGCACAUCCACGUGGAGGGGCUGGUGGCGAUUGUCAUCUUCUACCUGCUGAUCCUUUUUGUGGGAAUUUGGGCAGCAUGGAAGAACAAGAAUUCUGGCGUGGUGGAGGGAGUCGAUCGCAGCGAGACCAUUAUGGUCGGCGGAAGGGAUAUUGGAUUAUUUGUUGGCGCGUUUACCAUGACCGCAACUUGGGUCGGAGGUGGUUAUAUUAAUGGCACAGCAGAGUAUGUGUAUCUUCCCGGGUACGGCUUGGCAUGGGCUCAGGCUCCCUUUGGAUACGCGCUCAGCCUCGUUUUGGGUGGCCUUUUCUUUGCCAAACCCAUGCGCUCCCGGGGUUAUGUUACCAUGCUUGACCCCUUCCAGCAACUGUACGGCAAAAGGAUGGGAGGUCUGCUGUUCAUCCCUGCGCUAAUGGGGGAAAUUUUCUGGUCAGCCGCCAUCUUAUCUGCCCUUGGUGCUACACUGAGUGUAAUCAUUGACAUCGACAUCAAUAUGUCUGUGAUCAUUUCGGCUCUGAUUGCCAUUUUCUACACGCUGGUGGGAGGUCUCUACUCAGUGGCCUACACUGAUGUUGUCCAGCUCUUCUGCAUCUUUAUAGGACUGUGGUUGAGUGUUCCUUUUGCUCUCUCGAACCCUGCGGUGUCUGACAUCGGAGUGACAGCAGUGAAGCAGCUCUAUGCUAAUCAGACUGCAUGGCUUGGGAAGAUAGAAAACACUGACAAAUGGAUGUGGGCUGACAACUUCUGUCUUCUGAUGUUGGGGGGGAUUCCCUGGCAGGUGUAUUUUCAGCGGGUUCUGUCUGCCUCUUCAGCUACCUAUGCUCAGGUUCUCUCUUUCCUGGCUGCUUUCGGUUGCAUCGUCAUGGCUGUUCCCUCUGUUCUUAUUGGAGCUAUUGGGGCAUCCACAGAUUGGAACCAGACGUCCUACGGACCAAUUCCUCCCAUGCAAAAGGACCAGUCUGACAUGAUUUUACCAAUCGUGUUACAGCACCUGUGUCCAAGCUAUAUAUCCUUUUUUGGUCUGGGGGCAGUUUCUGCUGCAGUGAUGUCAUCAGCUGACUCAUCCAUCCUAUCGGCCAGCUCCAUGUUUGCUAGGAACAUCUACCAGCUUGCUUUCCGCCAAACGGCUUCCGACCGUGAGAUUGUGUGGGUCAUGCGGAUCACUAUUUUUGUGUUUGGAGCUCUUGCGACAGCCAUGGCUCUUCUGACUGGGACCGUUUAUGGUUUAUGGUACCUGAGCUCUGACCUGGUCUAUGUCAUCAUCUUCCCCCAACUUCUCAGCGUUCUCUUUAUCCGUGGCACCAACACUUACGGCUCCAUAGCUGGAUACAUAUUUGGGUUGAUCCUGCGCAUUGGUGGAGGGGAACCUUAUCUCAAACUGCCUCCAUUUAUCUACUACCCUGGAUGGACCAUUGAGGAAAAGGUUCACCACGUCACCCACGAAGUGGAAUACCUAGUGAUGCAGAGGUUUCCCUUUAAGACCAUUUCCAUGCUGGCCUCAUUCCUAAGCAACGUGGCCUUUUCUUACCUGUUUAAGUACCUAUUCGAGAGUGGCACUUUGUCAGCUAAAUAUGAUUUCUUGGAUGCAGUGGUGGCCAAGCACAGUGCUGAGAUAAUGGACAAGACCACACUGGUGAACAGGAACAUCAUUGGGCUGAAUGAAAUGGCCCCUGUCAAACCAAGGCUAAGUGUCACUUUAGCUGCCGCCUUCACUAGGAAAGAAACCUUGACCGAAGAAGACGACUCAAGUCCAGAAUCGCCAAGUCACGAAAACGAGUAGAGGCCAAUCCCGAGAACAAUCUCCAGAGGGCAUCUCUCUUUCACAAUGUGAAGGACAGUGUUUUUCCCUUAUUGGUCAAGAUAUCUUCAGCAGGCAUAACAUUAUCUGUUUAUUUUACACCCCAUGACUGGAAUUUCUAUCACUGCUUUCAGAGGAGAAUGGGAUAUGAAAUGGAACAGUGAAUACAACAACAGUGAUUCUGGUGGUUUGGGUAAAGUAGGAAAAAACUUGCUGGUGUUUCUUUCCCUGAGAGGCUCUUCGACUCAUGUUGGUAUGUACAAAACCGGAGUGAAUUUCCUUUCCCUUUUACAAAUGUUUAGAUGCUGUGAUAAGAGCCAGAUAACAAUUAAUAAUCAUUUUUUUCAACCUGGAUACAGUUCAGUCCAGAUAAAAAAUAUAACAAUGACUACAAUAUAUGCGAUUAUAGAUAUUAAAUAAAUAAUAGGUGUACAUUCAUGUGUUAUGCCAUUAUGUAUGUCAGAAUCCCAUGGUAGAUAUUAGUGCAGAUUAUCUUGUAGUACUGUCAUAGAAAUCAAAUGAAGCUCAACAAUUAUAAGCUGUUUCAUAAAUAAGUCAAUAUAACAAGUGAUGUGCUUCCCAUCUACAAAAUACCUUUAACUGUGACACACGUGGAAAUUUUCAUAUUUAUAGUGCAAUAUUAAGAUGAACGGGAAAACAAGGAACAUGGAGAAAAUAUACGCCUUAACUAGCUACAUUGAUUACAGUAUAUGGAGGUGAUUGGACAUAUGCAAAUACAGUUCGUCACGUUGUUGUACUUGAACAUGAAUGUAGCUGCAAACGAUUUACCACGUGUAAAACCUCCGGGGUGUGAGCUGUGUUAUUUCUGUGUUUUGCAAAGUCAUAUAUAUAUAUAUAUAUAUAUAUACAGUAUAUAUAUCUUAAAAAGUCAUUGUACCUCGUUCCAGGGUGAGCCAGUUGCUGUGUUAUUUUGUUGGCUUUAACAAAACUGAAUUUUGUGUAGUGUGUGUGUUUAUAUUCCAAUGUAUAUAACUGUCCAAUAGAUGUAAAGUGUCACUUUACUGUGCUAAUAUAUUUAUUUGGCUUGGUUGGAACCAGCAAUAUGAAUCUAUAUUUAUUUAUUAAUUGUGGCCUAAAACAGAUUAAA